UUGUCUCCUCUCAGCUGGAAAGCGCUGACCUCGGGGUCACCUCGUACUGGACGGACGCAGAGGGCAACGUGCAGUUCGGCCCAAACACCCCGAAGGAAGAGAUGAAAACCCUGAUCACUGGGAGGGAGAAGCAGAGAAGGAAGGAAUCUGUUGCCAAGUCACCCACUGAGGGAACAGAGGAGAGCAAAAAGACGACGAGGAAGAGUAAGGAGCCGGAGGAGCAGAAAAAUAAGGCUCCUCCUCCUGCUCCUCCUGCUCCUCCUGCUGCUGCUCCUGCAGAAACAAAACCUUCAGAUUCAGAACAAACUGAAGAUGCAAAAGAAGAUUUGACCGACAAAUCAGAAACUCAUGAGUAGCCUACAGACACACUGGCUGGCAUACACAUUAAGGUUUGAUAUAAUCAUUGUGGUUUCAGUUAUAAUUAUAUACAUAUAUAUAUCUAAUAUCACAAAUCACUAUCACAGACUAACCACACAGCAUAGACUGUUUGUGUCAUCUUUGACAAUGGAUAUUUUGUUUAUUGCUCAUCUUUUUUUUAUAUGUGUUUGAAUAAAGACACUAUUUAAAUCUUUA